AUGGCCCCUCCGCGCCAACGCACCACCGCAAUCGUGGACGACUCCAGGUCCGAAGCUUCAAGCGGCACGCGAGAGUUCAACAAAGCGACCACGAAUAAACGGAAAACAGGAGCAAACAAGGACAAAGCACCCGUGACCAGUGCACCAGCCAACGCCGACGUCACAGACGAACAACCAAGGGUCCCCUGGUCCGACCUCCCUCUCGAAAUCCUCCACUCCUAUCGGCACGCCCACAAACUCUCCACACCAAGCGCCUACUCAAAUGAUUACUCCCGAAUCGUCCUGUCGCAGGGAAUCGGCCUGCGCUCACCAACAGCGCUCGCCGCUCGCCGUGCGCAGUCCCAGUCCCAGUCCUCCUCCAAUCGAGAUAAAUCAAAUCACACCUCGCGCGAUGGCACAUCCAGCGAUGACGCCCCAUUGCACAAAAUCACCGGACAAGACCGCGUCAGCAAAGACCAGUUUGCGCUCGUCGUGCGGAAACACUUCAACAGCGCCGGGAUGUCGGAACAAGAGAGCAUUGCUCAGUUUCUGUAUACCGUCCGCGAAGAGCGACGGGGGCGACAGUUUCGCCUGCGGUUUCAGCCGUAG